AUGUCAGUAUACAGUGCACAACAAUCAACAGAUUCACAACCACCCGAAGCAAUAUGGGUUGCCAAAUCAGAUAAUGCAAAGACAUUAGCUACCAUUCUACAAACAAUUGUAUUUAAACCUGAAGAUAGUAAAAAGAAAGAUUCUGUUAAUAUAACGGUUGAAUUUAACGAAGAAGGAAUGAAAUUUAUAGUGGAACAUGGUAAAGAAUAUCAAGCAAGUGUAUUCUUUCAAUCUAGUUUCUUUAAAACAUACAAUUACGAUCGAAACACUAGAGACUUUUAUCGAUUCAAAUUAAAUCUUUCAAUGUUGUUGGAUUGUUUAAAUAUCUUUGGCAGUUAUCCAGGUCAUGAUAGACUUGUACCAAUUCAAUUCUUUUAUUGGGAUACUCCAACUCCUUUUAAUAUGAUUUUGGAAGAUAGUGGAGUCAAUACAACAUGUCAAUUUAAGAUUAUGGAUACAGAAUCACCAGAGUUUUUCAAUUUGGAUGAUAUUCAAAAUAACAAUGUCGUCAUUUCAUCUGAACAUUUGUUGGAUGCAUUUGGAACACUUGAUUUCAAGAGUCCAGAGAUUAGAAUUAAACUAGGUUUGAAUGAAGGACCAGACAAGGAUCUAUUGAUCUUGUCGAGCACUAGCAGCGAAUCCACCUUUAUCUCGACGUGUAAACAAAAGCUAUUUGACUUUUGUGAUUGUAAAUAUGACCUCGAAUUCAACUAUGCACUCUCUCACAUCCAGCCAUGUGUCAAAGCUUUGGCCACUGCCAAAUCCACUCGUGUCACGGUAGGUGUCAAUGGUCUAUUGCGUUUCCAAAAUACAUUUGUCCAUGAUGAGAAAAGAUUGGUCGUCGAAUACUUUAUCACUGCUCGACAACAUGAUAACUAUUUUACUGAUCAUCAUAUGAUGGGUUAA